AUGUUGAGCUUACGAGGAUUGCUAGUAAAUUCACGUCUACCCAAGCCCACCUGCUUGGGUAUAAAAUUUCAACCCACAACCAGCGAAGAGCGUAGAAUUCAUAAGACCCAAAAUACCACAAACUUACUGGCACCCACCUGCAACUAUUUGAGAUUAGCUCCAAGAUGUCUACACAAAUCAUCUUUAUUACUGCAAAGUGUAAAAGAUAAAGUUCCCAUGGUGGAACCACCCAAAAAACUCACAGAACAAGUUGCCACAGCAAUAUCGCCUUAUGUACGCCUUAUGCGUAUGGAUCGCCCCAUUGGUACCUACCUCCUAUUCUGGCCCUGUGCAUGGAGUAUAGCGCUGAGUGCCAAUGCUGGUUGUUGGCCCGAUCUCUAUAUGUUAGGCCUCUUUGCCAGUGGCGCUUUGAUAAUGCGUGGAGCUGGCUGUACCAUAAACGACUUAUGGGAUCGUGAUAUUGACAAAAAAGUCGAAAGAACCCGCAGUCGACCAUUGGCCAGUGGUGAAAUAACACCAUUCGAUGCCAUUGUAUUUCUAUCGGCCCAAUUGAGUUUGGGUCUUCUGGUGCUGUUACAAUUGAAUUUAGAAUGUAUUAUGUUGGGUGCAUGUUCUUUAGGUUUGGUCAUAACAUAUCCGUUAAUGAAACGUAUAACCUAUUGGCCACAAUUGGUUUUGGGUAUGGCAUUCAAUUGGGGUGCCCUAUUGGGUUGGUGUGCCACCCAAGGCACCGUCGAUUGGUCGGCAUGUUUACCUUUGUAUUUUUCUGGUAUAUGUUGGACCAUUAUCUACGAUACCAUCUAUGCUCAUCAGGAUAAGAAAGAUGAUGUACAAAUUGGUGUAAAAUCAACGGCGCUGAGAUUUGGUGAUAAUACAAAGGUGUGGUUGUCGGGUUUUACAGCGGCAAUGCUAUCAGGGCUAACAGCUGCCGGUAUGGCAUGUGAUCAAACGUUGCCCUAUUAUGCUUCAGUUGGUAUUGUUGCUGGUCAUUUAAUACAACAGAUCUACUCCCUGAAUAUUGAUAAUGCAACAGAUUGUGCCAAAAAAUUCUUUUCCAAUAGUCAAGUGGGAUUAAUUUUAUUCCUAGGUAUUGUACUCGGUACCCUACUCAAAUCGGAAGAUACUACGAAAGAAACCAAAACGAAUAAAACUGCAAUAAGCAGUGGAAGUGGCAGCAGUAGCAGUCCAACUAUUAACGGUUUUGUACCAUUACCAUCGACGUAG